UUCGUCCCUCACCCCCAGGUGAAGGUGCAAAAGCAGAAGCAGAGGACAGUGUCCCAGUUUGAGAAGUUCCGGCAGCUGCUGGCCGAGGAGGAGCUUCGGAUCCUGCAGGAGCUGGAAGAGGAGGAGGUAGCGAAGAGACAGACGCUGAGGGAAGAGGAGCAGACCCUGGCCCAGCAGAGCCAGACAGUGCAGGAGCUCAUCGCUGAGCUAGAGGGACGCAGUCAGCGCCCUGCCUUGGGGCUGCUCCAGGGUCUAGGAGAGAUUCUGAGCAGGGUGGAACAUCUGAAGCUUCAGACCCCGAAGGACAUUCCCAUGGAACUAAAGACGGUGUGCAAAGUCCCAGGGCUGGUAGACACACUGCGGAGAUUCCAGGUGGUGGUGACCCUGGACCCCGAGAGCAUGCACCCCUCCCUCACCCUAUCCAAGGACCGGAAGACGGUGCUGCAAGUCCAGCCCUGGCGUGUCCAGCCUGGUAUGGAGUCGCUGGGUGGAAGCUUCCCCAGUGUCCUGGGCUCCCCGUGCCUGUCUGCGGGCAGACACUACUGGGAGGUGGAGGUGAAAGAGGGAGGAAACUGGCUCCUUGGCGUGUGUAAAGAGGACGCGGACAGGAAGGACUCUCCUAAUUGGAGCCCUGACUGCGGGUUCUGGUGCAUGGGGGACCUUAUUCCUACAGGUGCCUUAAGUCCUCAGAAAACAUCUCACACCAGGAUUGGGAUUUUCCUGGACUAUGAGGCUGGGGAGCUCUCUUUGUACAACGUGAACGAUGAAACCUCCAUCUACACCUUCGCCCAGGCUUGCUUUACAGGGGCGCUGCGGCCCGUCUUCUUCAUACCGUCCUGGUGCCAGACCUGUCUGACGAUCUGUUCCCGACCAGGCGGUGCUGCCGCGGUCUCGCCCUCUGCCGAGGGGGGGAAGCCUUUGGCGGCCUCUCUGAGGGGCUCAUCAAAGCCCUCUCUGUUUGUGUUUGGCGAUGCCUCUGCCUCCAGUGCCAGCCCCUUCCCAGCUGGAUCUCCUAGCUCAGAGCAGCCCCAGAAGGAAGAGGGGCAUGCUGGAAGAAGCCAUUAGGGGAUCUGUCCAAUUGCAUCUCCCCUCAGCAGAUUGCUAACCUUGCUCAGCUAUUUGCUCCAGCUAAGCUCAUUUCUUCUUUGAUGCUACUUCUGCCUACUCUGAAUCAGGAGAGUAUGGUGGCCUCACAGGCGCGAACCUGCCAACACAGGUGCUGGGUGGCUGAGGUCAUACCAAGGCCCGAAGCGGGUGGGAGAAAGGAGUUGAUGAGCCCUGGUAUUGAGUCACACCCAGAGAAGGAAAAGGCGGCCACGUGACCACCACACUGGCCCAGGCCGGCUGGAGGGCUGCCUUCCACUCUGUGCUCCACAUCCCAGGAGGAGCAUGGACAGUUCAGAGGAAGGGGACCAGGGAAGUAGGGAGUGGGAUGUUUAACCAGGAGACGAAACGUUGUGGGUGGAAGACAGGACUUCGCAUUCCAUUAAGGGCGAGCUUCCCCAGCGCUAAAGGAAGCUUCACUCUGACACCAGAGAGAGUGCAGUUCAUGAAUGUUGUGAGAUUUCUCAGACCCAACACCCCCUUUCCUAACAAGGAUUCCAUGUGUCUCUGCUAUCAAAAAUGAAAAUCAUUAGAUAAAAAAAAUCCUCCCUACACACAUAACUCAAAUCAUUGUGAAUCCUACCUGUAAUAUAAAGAAGAAAUAACCAAGUGUUCUAGAAAGAAGAAUGUGUUUCCGAGCACAGCUGCGCCGGAGGCUUACCCGAGACAGAAGAAACAAACUCCUGUCUGUGACUAACCGAACCUCACCUGUGCACUGUGAACCUCUGUGUGCAUGGACUGUAGCCACAAGCACUGGCUGAGACAGAGCCCCUGAGCGCCGCUGAUCCAAGCAGUGUCGCCUUUCCUAAUGCGCUUUUCUGAGAUGAUGACUGCUCGGUCACAUUCCAACCUAAACAGAACAGUGUUUUGUUUUGUUUUUCCCAACCAGUACACCCACUCCUAGCUUCCUGACACGGUUAGGUUCUAAAGACCAAGUUGUUUAUGCAAAAAUCAGUGUCAUGUGACAGUUGAGUGUGAUCCCAUCAGAUCACAGAAAGGAUGACUGGGUCAUUUCACAAUCACCAAUUUGCAUCAUCUCACAACUUGCGAGCCUGAGCGUCAUGGCCCAGCCAAGGUGACACAGGACCUCCUCAUCGCAGCCAGCAUUACGCGCACCGUGCACCUCCACAUUCAUUUCUACCGGAUGUACACUGUUAAUAUGCAAAAUAGAUUUUUACUGUGGUCAUAACUAUGGAAUAUCAGAUAAUAAAAAGUUGAUAAGUAAGAAGUA